AUGUAUAAUUCACGUAAUACGACCCGCCAACAGUCCAGAUUUGACCUUUCUAAGUUUUGGGCAUUUCGUUUGAUUAAUAUUUUGUUCACUGUCUCAAUUUUCUUAAUAGUUUCCUUAUUGGUUAUUCCAAUUCCCUUUUUUCAUAAAUUAAGACUGCCCACAAUCAUUGAUUUAGAUUUUAAUCAAACUUCCUACUCCCAUGCCAUCAAGUUGACCACCCGGAAGUUGCCCGGCAACGUAUUAUCAGUCUCUUUCACAACACAUAACUCGGACCAUAUUAUAGGAGCGACCACCUUCGGGGAUCUCACGCUAACAAGAAACCAAACGUCAAUAGCGCGGUUCGUCAACGCCCACUACCAUGAGAGGAGGAAGGGCUUGCCUUACCGAGUCCUGGUGGUGGACGUGUACAAGCGAGCCUACGUGUUCAGAAGGUUCAUAUCGAACAAGUACGAUGGACCGAAGUAUAAACAAAUAGAGGGCUGGACGUACGUCAUGAACGCAGACGCCAGGGAGCAGGAGCACGUUGUGUUGUCAAACCUGAUGUCAAACAACCUCAACUACGUGUAUAAAACGCAAUACGAGGACAAAAGCGGAAAGAUAAUAACUCACUACAUCACGGACCCGUACCAUCUCUUCAGCCAAGUGUGGGCUGGCUCGAGGCUCCUCAACCUGGACGCCUUCCCAACUAAUCGCAUAAUCACAACAGUGUACCAUGGACCCUCAGAUUCAUAUAAAAUCAUUAUCACUUCAUUCAACAGGACCACCUCAGAACCACAUAAUAAAGUAUUAUAUUGCUUCGGUGAAUGUCUAACGUAUUACAACACGACGGACUUCUUUACCUUCUUCGACCUGGACAUUGACGAUGAAACAUUCGCAAUCGACAGGUUCGAAGAGCCGAAGAGCGAGCCUGUGAUGUACAAGUACGAUCAGCACAAGGCACCAGGUCUGGUAAUAUUCGACUACAAGCACGAAGGAUAUAAAUACGAAAUAGUGUUCGGAGAUCACAGCGACACAUACGUCAGUCCGAAUGUAGGCCCCUUUGCAGAGCAGCUACUGGAGCUUAAGCCAGACACACUCGAUAGGAUUCUGCUGCUAUCGUACCCUCCGAAGGAGCCGAUACCGCCGAACUAUUAUAUCUUCGAUCGAAUGGAGUUGUACAACAAGUUCGUAUGCCUGUUCCAUAUGGAUUGA